AUAUUGUAUCACUUCAAGUAAGUAUGUAGUUGAAUUGGCAACAGCGACAUCUGACAAGGCCCCAAUAUUUCAUUAGUUUUUGGUCAUCAAACUUCACCUUUAUAAGUGACAUAAACCUCUUCUUGAAAACCUCCUCUCACAUUCCACUUCUUUGUGUUACAUGUUUUGUUUAUACAUGUUUCUCUAAUUCCCUCAAAAUCCAUAUAGUAGCUACCUAGCUAGAAGCAUUUGAUUUGAUCAUUCUAUGAUGAAAUUGGGAUUUGAAGUCCUUCAUGCAAAUCCAAACAUCAUGAUUCGUCCCCACAUGCAUGAAACUUGGGACUACCCAAACAUUGCUGAUCAUCACUUGCCACCACCUCCAACCCCAUCAAACCCACCAUAUCCAAAACCAUCAUCAACUGAAAACCACUGCAUAAACUUUACACAGAAUAAUGAGGUGUGUGAUUGGGUGGAGCAUAUUACCAAACACCUUGUUGAGGACAUACCAGACACCACUUCUGAUAGCAACUUACUACCCAACAACCUUUUCCCUUCACAGCUUUCACACAAUUUCAAUCCAAGAAAAUCCACAUGUGUUUAUGACCCCACAAGCAGCAGCAACAAUUUCAAUCUCAUUCAAACAAACACAAUCAUCCCAGUUUUAGAUCAUAAUAACCAUAGCAAUAUUGCUCAUGAUCAUGAGUUAACCCUGAUAACCCUUCUAAUGGAGUGUGCAGUUGCAAUCUCUGUUGAAAACCUCAUUGAGGCUCAUAAAAUGUUGCUGGAACUAACACAAGUGGCUUCACCUUACAAACCAUCAUGUGCUGAGCGUGUUGUUGCCUAUUUUGCAAAGGCCAUGGCUAGUAGAGUGAUGAACUCCAUGCUUGGGGUGUGUUCCCCUUUGAUUGAUCACAGGACCAUUCACUCUGCACUCCAAGUGUUCAACAAUAUGUCUCCUUUCAUAAAGUUUGCUCAUUUCACCUCCAACCAGGCCAUCCUCGAAGCGGUGAAUCGCUGCGGCAGCAUUCACAUCAUUGACUUGGACAUCAUGCAGGGGCUGCAGUGGCCACCCUUCUUCCACAUCCUCGCCACCCGAAUCGAGGGUCCCCCGGAGGUUCGGAUGACCGGCAUGGGGAGCUCAAUGGAGCUCCUUGUUGAGACAGGGAAAAACCUCACCAACUUUGCAAGAAGGCUUGGCAUAUCCUUAAAGUUCAACCCUGUUGUGACAAAGUUUGGGGAAGUUGAUGUUUCAAUUUUGAAAGCAAGGCCUGGUGAGACACUUGCAGUGCACUGGUUGCAGCACUCUUUGUAUGAUGCAACUGGUCCUGAUUGGAAAACACUGAGGCUUCUUGAGGAGUUGGAGCCAAGAAUCAUCACUUUGGUGGAGCAAGAUGUUAACCAUGGAGGGGCUUUCUUGGACCGUUUUGUUGGCUCCUUGCACUACUAUUCCACCCUCUUUGAUUCCCUUGGAGCAUGUUUGCAUAGUGAUGAUGAUAGAAGGCACAGUGUGGAGCAUGGUCUUCUGUCUAGGGAGAUCAACAAUAUAUUGGCCAUUGGAGGCCCUGCGAGGAGUGGUGAAGACAAGUUUAGGCAGUGGAGGAGUGAGCUAGCUAGGAAUUGCUGCUUUGUGCAGGUUCCAAUGAGUGUGAAUUCAAUGGCUCAAGCUCAGUUGAUAUUGAACAUGUUUUCACCUGCUCUUGGGUAUAGCCUUGCACAAGUUGAUGGCACAUUAAGGCUUGGAUGGAAGGAUACUAGCUUGUACACAGCUUCUGCAUGGACCUGUGGUGGCGGUGCUUCUAGGUAGCUUCAGGUUGUAUACAAGUUUGGGUAAAUUUUGAGAUCUGAAAUGGGAUUUAGAGCUGUAAACUACUAGCUAGAGAACUGAACUUCAUAUUGAGAAAAUGGAUUACAACUCAAUAUAUAGGUAGCAAACAAUUCUAUUAUCA